AUGGUCAUCCAACCAGUCUUCUACGAAGUGGAUCUCGUGUAUCAUCGGAGAAGAUGGACGGACGACUUUAUUAGGCAUCGAGAAAGAGAAAGUUUUGAGAGAGUGAAUCGCUGGCGUAAUGCCUUCCAACGACUCGAAAACACUACACGUAGAUUUUGUUCCCGCGACUGGGAGGAUGAUUCCAAGAUGCUCGAUAGUCUAAUCAUCAGCAUUUCUCAGGCUACGUUGAGCAGCCAAAGAGAUUUUGGAAGUGGGUCCGUCGUCAGAUUACAAUCUUCAAUAAUGAGAGAUGAUGACAUAUCAAAAAGCUUUUCCUCACUUGGCAGAGAUCCACAUGUUACAGAUAAUUUCUCGAGUGAAAUGCCAUUUUCUUGUCUUGUUGGGAUGGAACGUCACAAGAAGGCAAUCUAUGGAUUGCUUGAUUUAGAAUCUAAAAACCAAGUCCGUACCGUUGGCAUUUGGGGUCUGGAAGGCGUCGGUAAAACGACGCUAGCAGAAUGUGUUUUCAAGGACAUCUCACGACGCUUUCAACACCACUGCUUCCUGACCAAUGUCAAUAACAAUCAUCACAACCGCAUCUCACCAAGUUUACGAGAAUAUUUCACAAAGACAGGUUGUUCCAAUGACGACAGCUUUAAUGCCAUCAAACCGAGUCUUGUUAACCGAAACGUUCUACUUGUUGUUGAUGGUGUUGAUGAGGAUGAACAGUUUAGGGAUAUCGUGAAGCUUGCACAUUGGCUCGGUCCUGGAAGUAGAGUUAUCGUGACAUCUAGAGACGGUAAUUUGCUCGCCUCCUGCGGGGUAAACUAUGUCUACAAGGUGGAUUGUCUAAGAUAUGAGGAAGCUCUUGAACUCUUCUCUCAUCACGCUUUCAACGAGACUUACCCUCUGAUUGGUUUCGAACGGUUCUCAGUCAAUGCUGUCCACUUUUCUGGACGUCUUCCUCUGUCCCUUAAAGUGCUCGGUUCGUUCUUAUAUGGUAAAGACGAAAAGAGUUGGAAAAGUACAUUGCGUAAGCUUGAAGCGUCACAAGAUAACUGUACCCGUGAAAUAUCAAGCUACAUUGGAGCAUAUGAACGCCUUCCAAAGCAUCAAAUAGCAGAAUUGGAACGAUAUGUCGGAGCAGAUGAUGGAGAUUACUAA